CACGGCUUCACUGUUUUCGCGGCACUUGGCUUCGGUCUGCAUUACUGUUAAAUGAUGUAAUUGGGACGCUGUGUUUUGUGUGUUUGCCGAUUGUUUUAUUGUUUAUUUCGUUUUUAAAGUGACAGUGGUGACUCAAAUACCAUGAAACCUAAGUUUUCUUCUGGUGAUAAAGUGUUUGCCAAGGUAAGAGGCUAUCCACCAUGGCCUGCCCGUGUAGAAGGUUUAGCUGACGAGACUCCUAACAAAAUGAAAUAUCACAUAUACUUUUAUGGAACUGGUGAAACAGCUGUAGUAAAAGGUGAGGACAUAUGCUCUUUUGUUGAAAAUAAAACCAGGUUAGGGAAACCUAAAAAGCAUAAAAACUUCACUGAGGCACUGAUUCAAAUUGAAGCAGAAUUGUCUCCUGAAGAGCAACAAACUCUAUCAGAGUUGGAACAAAGUUUUAAAGAACAGACAAGUCUUAAUGAUACUACUGGUGAUGAUGCCAAGCGUUCUUCAACCACUGGAAAGUCAAAGACAUCGCUCUCUCCGACCCCUAAAGUAAACAAACCCAAAGAGAAGAAAAGGAAAGUAGACUCAGACUCUGGGACUGAGGAAGAUCAGAAGAAGAGAGCUUCAGUUGUCAGUAAUUCAGAUUUAGAACAUAAAAAUGCUGAGGUGAUGUCUCGUUCGGGAAGAAAAAUUAAGCCAAAACGAUUUGCUGAUUUUGAAGAUGAAGGAAAUGAGGAGAAUUCGCCAGUGCAUCAGCCUGUCAAACCUAUUUCCAAAGUUGCUCCAGUUAAAAAAAUUGACAAAGAUGAAACUGGUGAAGAUAAAUAUGUUAUUGCUUAUGUAAACAAUGAGAAAGUAAAAAUACCAUUGGGUUAUAACCAACCCCAGUUUUCUUCUGAACAAAGGUUGAACGAGUGGAAGUUCAAAGAAAGAAGUUAUGCUAAUUCUCUGAAAAAACGUUUGGAAUCUGGAGAAACAUUGCCGUUUGAAAUUGAUGCGCACAUGUUUAAGUGGACUAAGGAGAAUGCAGAACAGCCCGUCAUUCAAGACAAUUUAAUGAGGACUGAAAUAAUUAGAACUGAAACUUUACUUCUAGAAUUAGAUUUAAAUAUAAGAAGUGCUUUGAAUAUUAAAAAUGCGGAUACUAAAAAGUGUUUAACCUAUCUUGAACAACUUAGCCAGCUGAAAUUAACUGCACUUAUGUUGAAAAAACAUCCAGAUGUUGUACAUACCAUUAAGAAGGUUAGGAGGUACGUGGGCAACGUUCCCAGAGCGCUGACUGAAGAAGAAGAACAGGCAUUUCAUAGAGAUGCUGAAGAAAUUAGGAAUAAAGCAGAACAUGUUUAUAGCAAAUUUCAGAGCUUAUUUUUCUUUCCAAACAAUAAAUCUUUUUGGGAUGCGUUUGAGGAAGAAAGAGAAAAUUUUGAUAAAAUCACUAAACAUAUGAAUAGUGAAGAGAUAGUUGGAAUGAUUAAAGAACCAGAAUAGAAAUUUCUUGUUUUAUUUAAGAUUAUGCAAGUUUUUGUUUUUAUAAGAUACAUUAACUGCACUUAUUUUAAGGAGAUAAUGAAUGCAUCAUGUUGUAAAUUUAUUAGUGAUAAUAUCAGCAUACCUACCUUUCUAUUAUUGAACAUUACUUUCCAUUAAAUUAUAGUUAUAAAGUCAUUUAUGAAGAAAAUAAAUAUUUAAUUACAUGUAACCAAGGUUCUGUGAACAUGCGAUUUCAGGUUCUGUAUAUGGUGUUUAAUUUUUUUUUUUUUUAAGUUCUUCCUGUUAACAUUCAUGACUGUAUAAGAUGACUGAAUUUUUCUUUCCUUAUUUGUUUUUUAAAUUUUAGUUUAAUAUGAUUUACGUUUUAGUAAUUUUUACGAGUCUUGAAUUGCAUGUCCUCUUACUUAAUUUUAUUAAUUAUGGUUUACCAUUUAGUUGCUUCCUGUAUCAAGAAUAG